UAUUAAUGUGUUUGGUUUAGUAUGGAUUUGACGUCGUUUCAGUUGUCGUUUGCCAAUGACGGCAGCUUCAUGAAACAGUUCAUGGAAAUGCAGCAAGCCGCCGGUGGCAGUAAAGACGGACGACCAGCCGAACCCGGAAGUUCCAAUGAAAUGUCGUCUGCCGCGGAAAGGAAAGACGAAGAUGCGAGGAAAACAACUCCAACGAGCCGGAUAGGAGGCAUUAAGAUUAAAAUGAAGACCAGUUUAAACCGGGGCCCCGAUUUGGGGUUCGCUCGGUCGGUUGCGACGAACAGCCGGGCACUCACGAACGUCUUCGACUCCCCAGAUUCGCCGGAAGAAAGUGAAACAUCUAGAAAGCGGCUGGUUUCGUCCCCAGAGGCACAGUCUCAAGUGAUUGAUGAGAAAGAGGUAGCAGAGAAACUUGCAAGAGUCGUCGCUCAAGGAGGAGCAGCAGUUGAGCGGAUGGCGUUGAAGAAUAAUAGAGACAAGCCGCACUUUAGAUUCCUGUAUGACACAGAGUCUGAGAUGCACAAGUUCUAUCAAGAGAAGGUGCGUGAAUUUUUACAGACCAUUAAAGAAGAGAACGUUUCAGGUCCAGAAGAUAUCGAAACUCAGAAGCAAGACGAGAGCAGUUCAGCAGCCAGUCGUAAGAGAAAACGUCGCAGCCGAUGGACAGAAGAUUCAAGCAAGACAGAACCAGCAAACAAGGUAGUAAGUCAAGGAAGUGAACAGCAAGCUUUAGAAGACUCGUUUCCACAACAAACGCAUUCAAAAUUGGAUGAACAAACAGUAAACAAAGCUGCACAGCCGGAUGUGUUCAUGGGUCAAUAUCAGGAAGCUAUUAGGAGAGCUCAGCAGCUGGCCCAGCCACUUACUGCUCAGAGGAAAAUAGCUAGUCAGCCAGCUGUACAAAGGAAGAAAUCUAGUAAAUUGGAUUAUGACAGUGAUGAGGACACAGAAGGUGGUACAUGGGAGCAUAAAUCUAGAAUGGCUGAAAUGGCUAAAACAAAACAGGUGGCAAAGACAUUGACAGAAGCAUCCGAGGGAAAGCAUCACUUGGCAGACUUCCUGCCACGUGACGAACUUGAGAAAUUCACAGAGAGAGUCAAGGCAGCAAAAGAAGGAAGACAAUCAGAUGUCUCAGAUUACAAGGAGCACAAACUGACGUCAGACAACAUUGGCUACAAAAUGCUUGCAAAAGCUGGAUGGAAGGAAGGCCAAGGUCUUGGGUCGACUGGAACGGGAAUCACAGCUCCAGUCAAUAAAGGCAAAGUGGCAUAUGACAAUGCUGGUCUUGGUGUUGAAAGACCAGAAGAAGUCAGUAAUGAUGACGAUGAGUUUGAUGUCUAUCGCAAACGUAUGAUGUUGGCUUAUCGAUUUAGACCGAACCCACUGAAUAAUCCAAGACGGCCAUACUACUGAUGAACACAUCAUGUACAAACUUGUGUAUUUGGUGUAGAACUAGUGCUUCUGUAUUAUUUACAAUGGGAGGGAUAAAUAGAUUGGAAUCUAAUAGACUGUUGUAUGUCGUGGUGUGUGGGUCAUAGGGUCAUAGUUCAGAGAUUCAGGGCUGUCGUCUGUCCAUAGCUGUACAAAGAUGGAUUUUGUCUGAGUGUUCUAGUA